AUCUGGGAAAUUAGUAAUUGAAACAAAUAUCUAUAAUCUGUAAAGACAUAUUUGCUGUGAGUCAUUACUGAAAGCAAAAGUUGCCCAAAAAUAUUAUAGGACAGUUGCAGUCUUACCAAUUUCUCCUUUGUCAUUGAGAUGAAACUCCAUGUAUUUUUCUGUAAUACAAGCAAACAUAAUCUCAUUACAAUUUAUAGACAAGGCACUAAGUAAUAAAACAGUUAACUGAUUGCAGCCCUUGCCUACUCACUUUUAAACAUUUCGAGCUUUGAGGCAAGGUCUUCCUCUUCUGCAUAUUGGGGGUCUGAAAGAAAAACCUAGAGGAUAAAGAAAUCAGGCAUAUUAUUAUCACACUGGUGACAUAUUUUUGUGUUUAGCCCUGUCUGUAGAAAACACGUAUCUCAACUGUAAUUUGGUGACUUUAGCUAAACAUAUCAACUAUAAGUUCAACACACCUCAUUGACAGAGUUCAGUUUUUCUUCCUGUUGAGACUUGAAAAGACCAUAUGCUUUACCGCCUGCGAGAAACCAACAGCCAAUAAAUAUAGAUCUUAAAUAUUAUCCAUUUUUUUACUCACACUGAUUGGUUACAAGACAAGUAAAAGAUAGUAAAACGAACUGACAGAAGAAGAAAAAAGGCAAACUAACCUUGAGCCCCGUCCAUUUCUGUACACAGAGCUGAGCGACUGUGGAAAGUGAGAGGGUAGUAAGUUUUGGUGGUGUUUUUGUAAAACGAGCCACAAGAGGAAGUGAAGUGAAAAAGUUUCAGUUUCUAUUAGUGAGGUUCCUACGUUGUAUUUAAGGUUGCAGCAGAGAAGGGUCAACUGCAAGAUGCAUAUCAUUACAUUCACAGUUGUUCUGAAUUUCUCCAGAUAGUGAACCCAGUGAAAUAAGUAGAAAUUUGAGUUAAGGAAGAACAAUUAUGCGUCAAGGAGAUUAUAUAGAAAUACACAUUACUUUGUAAUAAUAAUGGAUUUUUGAAAAAGAGAGAGAGAGUGAGCUUCUCUUUUUCUUUUGAGCAACUCUAUCCCUUUCCUUGCUCACAUCUAAAUGUGAGCCCAACAAAUAACUUAAUAAUGUGCUCUUGUGGCCAGUGGUAAAGUUGGUGUAAUGCUCUGGCCUAACUACAUGACGGCACUAUUGUCGACACAGACACGUUAACAGAAAGUAAUUGUGCAGAUAGUUUCUUGAUUAGACUUCUGUGCUAUUUAGAGAACUGAAAAUAGGUGGAGACAAGCUAAAAUCGAAAAGAAAAUAGCCUUUUGUCUGUCGACUUGCAACAUUACGCAAAGAAUGGCACCAUUUUAUCAGUGGGGGCUCCUGUUAUCAUGUCUGUUGAUGGUCAUAUCAAACUGCAGAGCCGACUCACCACUCCCUGUGUCGGCUUCUCGAGGAGAAGACAUAGCUGUUCCUUGUGUUGAUUCUAAAGUGACACGUCUAAAGAGCUGCUCCAGAGUCAGAUGGAUAAAAUACUCUACAGAUGCUGGUCAGAGGAAAGUUCUCCUCUUCUGGCUAAAAGAAAUCCAGGAUCCCAAACAGAAAGCUGAACUUUUUCUGACAAAUUUGCAAAAAUCUGAUGAGGGACUCUACGCCUGUGAAAUCUGUCAUGGCUGGAACUGUACUCAGGUCAAAAACAUAUCUUUGAGAGUAAAAGACUGUAAAGUCCUUGCAGCAGUGAAAGUAGCACCCAGCAGAUCCACAGAGCUGAAUUGCCCAGUGGACAUAACGUUAGGACAAGAAGGACCCCAAAAUAUCUCCUGGGCACUGCUGAAAGGAGGCGAGCCUCUAUCCCUCAACUCUGACACAUCGUUGGUUAUCAAGUCUGCCAGUGACAGUGCCUGGUAUAGAUGUACUUACAUUUAUAGACAAACUCAGCGCUGCUUUGACAUUAAAAUGAUUGUCCAAGCUGAAGAUGUUGAGCCCAUUGCAACAAAGACUCAGGAAACGCCGACAAUGAGUGAGACUCCCACAACAAAAAGGACGGAGGAGAGCAGGGCUACAUAUAUUGCAGUUGUGGCCUCGGUCAUUGUUGGGAUUCUUGUAGUCGCUGCAGUGAUGGGAGUGUUCAUUCAUCGCAACCGAAACACCCGGAGACACACACAGCAAACCCCGGGCCCACCAGCCGGUGUGAACUCUGCCGCCGUUUAUGAUGGUUAUGACACUGUGACACUUCCGGACGAUCCUCAAGGAAACAAAUGCGUCAACAGUCUAUACCAGCAAAUCCAGGAUGAAGGCUUGAGCACUUUCCACUAUUAGAAAUUUUCAGGCUGCCCAAGAAGAGAAGAUUUUCCUGUUUAAACUGCAGUGUUUAAGUUUUUUUGAAAAGAAGAGUAACUGUGACCUUAUUACCCAGUUUGUUUUUUAAAAAAAAACAACUGAUCCUCUUAUUUUAAAUGAAAAUGGAGACAUGUUUUACGAUAUAAUCACUAAAAUAUUUCAUCCUGUUUGAAAAUGUAUCUGCAGGAUGAUAAAUGAUCAUAGACACUGAACACAGGCUUUUUGAAAAAUGUUUUUUGAUUCAUUGAUGUUGUGAAAUUACUUAAAGUUUAAGUUUGAUUAAAGCUCUAGAUAACAGCUUGUAAUAUAUCAUGGAAACUGUUGGGGGUUGUGGCUGCUUCUCUGUUGGACUUUUUUUUAUGCUGUAGUUCCUCAUUAUUUACAUCCUGAAUGACGUCACAAACACGAAGUCUGUAAAGAAGAAUUGGAGAAGACUACCUGUUAUUUUUAUAAGCAACAUCAUCUUUUUUACUUCUUGAGCAUUUCAUUUGACCAUUCCAAUACUUGACUGUACAUGAGCUGCAAACAGAAAAUAAAAAUCAUUAGAUGAGAAUCAG